AUGCUGGCGGCUCUGCUGAUCACCCUCAGCUGCCUCAGCCUCCACACCCUCGGCAUCCAUGGGCAGGGUAUUACCUCCAAGGACCUGGAUCUGGCUCCAGACACCUUUGAUGAUUCCUAUGUGGGCUGCUCAGAAGAGAUGGAGGAGGUGGCAGUCCAUCUGCUACGGGAGGAGAUGCUCCACCAUACCUGGCUGUGGGAUGCCUGGGAGACAGCUGAGAAGUACUGGGAGGAAAAAAGUCCAGGGCUCAGCCUGCCUCCGGGCUUCAAAACUGAGCAUGGAAUCGCCAUUGUGCUCUAUACCAACUCAUCCAACACUUUGCACCAGAAGCUGAACGAGGCUGUGCAGACUGGCGGUGGCUCCUUGGAGUCCUACAUGAACCAGUUCCACUUCAAGGCCCUGCAUUUCUACCUGACCCGGGCCCUGCAGCUGCUGCGGGGCAGUGAGGGCUGCAGCAGGGAACCUGGGCAGAUGGUGUUCCGAGGCGUGCGCACAGUUCGCUUUGAACCCAAGAGGCUGUGGGACUCUAUCCGCUUUGGCCGGUUUGCCUCCAGCUCCCUGAAUGAGGCUGUGGCCCGCAGUUUUGGUAAUACCACCUUCUUCUCCCUAAGGACUUGCUUUGGGGCCCUGAUCCAGGACCUGUCUGUCUUUCCUGAGGAGCGGGAGGUGCUGAUCCCCCCACAUGAAGUCUUCGUGAUUACUGAUUUCUUCCAGAAUGAAACCCACAACGUGGUGACUCUCUCCAGCACUAAUCACAUCUGCAGCCACUUUAACUGCGCCUACCUGGGUGGUAAGCCAUGCACGAGGGAAGCAAGACUGGCAGGAGAUCCCUGGUUGAUUUAA